GCGCUGGGCCACGCUGCUCUGACAGUUCAAGUCUCCUGUUGUCCUUCCGGGCAGAAGUGAAACAUGUCGGAGACCGCUCCUCUGGCUCCCGCCGCUCCCGUCCCCGCGGAGAAGACGCCCGCGAAGAAGAAGGCGCGCAAACCCGCCGGCGCCGCCAAGCGCAAGGCGUCUGGGCCGCCCGUGUCCGAGCUCAUCACCAAGGCGGUGGCCGCCUCCAAGGAGCGCAGCGGCGUGUCGCUGGCCGCGCUCAAGAAGGCGCUGGCGGCCGCGGGCUACGACGUGGACAAGAACAACAGCCGCAUCAAGCUGGGCCUCAAGAGCCUGGUGAGCAAGGGCACCCUGCUGCAGACCAAGGGCACCGGCGCCUCGGGCUCCUUCAAGCUCAACAAGAAGGCGGCCUCCGGCGAGGCCAAGCCCAAGGCCAAGAAGGCGGGCGCGGCCAAGGCCAAGAAGGCGGCCGGGGCGGCCAAGAAGACCAAGAAGCCCGCGGGCGCGGCCACCCCCAAGAAGGCCGCCAAGAAGACCCCGAAGAAGGCCAAGAAGCCGGCGGCGGCCGCGGGGGCCAAGAAGGCGGCCAAGAGCCCCAAGAAGGUGAAGGCCGCCAAGCCCAAGAAGGUCGCCAAGAGCCCCGCCAAGGCCAAAGCCGCCAAGCCCAAGGCGGCCAAGCCGCAAGCUGCCAAGGCCAAGGCUACGAAGGCAAAGAAGGUGGCGCCUAAGAAGAAGUGAAGCUACCACGGCGGGUCCUGCUUUGAAAACCUCAAAAGGCUCUUUUCAGAGCCACCCA